AUGAGCUCCGACUUUCCGUUGGGCUUCCUCUAUAGCCUGCCGCAGCGACCCAAGACAAAGUCGCUCGGCGAUCACCUGGCAGAGCACAUCACCGACAAUGGACGUAUCACCACCCUCAUCGACUGCCUGCCGUCGACGCCAAAUCCGGCCCUGUGGUCGCCGGAUCUGGCGAGGCCCCCGCUCGAUCACAAGACCAUCAAGAGGUUUGUCAGCUCGUUUGUGAUGCCCAUCACGCCCGGCAAGGCUCCCCUCGGCCCCAACGACCGCGUCAUGAUGGCCCUGCCGACCGGCGCCGAGAACGCUCUUGCGCUCCUCUCGGUGGCUGCCUACCACACUUGCGCGCCCGUCAACGCGAGCUGCACCGCCGGCGAGCUGCGAGACGAUGCGGUCCGGCUGCGCGCCAAGGCCGUCGUGACAACUCGGGACGCCAUCGACCGGCUCGGCCUUCAGGCACUACACGACGAGGAGGGCAUGGAGAUCAUCUUUGUCGAGCCGCGAGGAUCCGGGCCCGCUGGUCUUUUCGACCUGGGCCUGCUCGGACAGAGCGGCAUCGUUUCCACCGCCGGGAGGCGCCCCUCGGCGCCGCACGGGCUCGAGCACCAGAGUCUGGUCCUGCACACCUCCGGCACCUCGGGCAAGAAGAAGGUCGUCCCCUACUCGCUCCGUCACAUGAUCGUCGGAACGUGCUGUGUCGUCUACAGUUGGGACCUCCGGCCGGAGAGCGUCAACAUGAACAUGAUGCCCCUCUUUCACGUCGGAGGAAUCGUCCGCAACCUAUGGGCGCCUGUAUUCUCGGCGGGCAGUGCCAUCAUGUGUGCGGGCUUCGACGCCAACGCUUGGUGGCCGCUGGCCAAGCAGCUCGGCGCGACGUGGUACUACGCGGCGCCCACGAUGCACCACGCCAUCCUGGCCUCGAAGCCGGAAGGCGUCGACGCUACCAAGGAGACGAGCAUCAAGAUGAUUGCGAACGCCGCCGGUGGUCUGCUCCCCUCGCUGGCCGUGCAGCUCAAGGAGACGUUUGGCGGCUGCGCCGUCCUGCCUUCGUACGGAAUGACGGAGUGCAUGCCGAUCGCCUCGCCGCCCACCAACUACCAGCUGGACCGCCCCGGUUGCUCGGGCGUGGCAUGCGGCCCCGACCUCUCCAUCCGUGACCCCUUCAACCGUGAGCGGGAGCUGCCCGUCGGUCAGACAGGUGCCGUGUCGGUGCGCGGGUUGCCGACCUUUUCUGGCUACGAGACGUCGACGGAUCCGUUUGAGCCGCUCGACACCUCUGCCUUUUCCAGCGAGGGCUGGUUUGACUCGGGCGAUAUGGGCCACAUGGACGCCGACGGCUACCUCUACAUCACCGGCCGAUCCAAGGAGAUCAUCAACAAGGGUGGUGAGGUCGUCUCGCCCUUUGAGGUUGAGGAGGCCAUCACACAGGCGUGCAAGGAACGCGUCAAGCAGUGCCUUGCCUUCUCGAUCGAGCAUACCGUGCUUCAGGAGACGAUCGGUGUCGUCAUCGUUCCCGUCCCCAACCAGCCGCGUAUCGGACUGGCCGAGCUGCAGAACAUGCUCCGGUCCCAUCUGCACCCCUCAAAGUGGCCGUUCGCCGCCGUCUACAUGGACGACCUGCCCAAGAACCAGGCGGGCAAGCCGCUGCGUAUCAAGCUCGGCACCCGUCUCAACAUCGGACCUCUUUCUGACGACGUGCCGCCGCUGCAGCGACACUUUGAGGCCAAGGCGCCGGGCAAGGAGGUGCCGCUCUCGGAGCCGAUUCCGUGCAGCCUCGUCUCGGUCGACGUCAAGGCAGUUGAGCGCGCGUGCUACCGCAUCCCCGGCAUCAUCGAGGCUGCCGUGCGCCAGCGCAGGGAUGGUUCGCCCGAGGCCUUCAUCCAGGUAGAGGAGGACGCCGACUACGACGCGGCCGACAUUGAUCGGGCGCUCGCCCAGGUGCUGCACGGCUACGUCGUCCCCAACCCGCUCCACGUCUUCCGACAGCCCUUGGCCAAGGUCAACGGCCAGAUCGAUUUCGAGACGAUGGAGGACGAGGUGCGUCGACAGAACGCGUCGGCCAUGUCGCGCACCGCCCUCAUUGUGCGUGACAUCAUCGCCAAGCUGCUCGACACCGAGGCUGGCACCAUCACGGCCGAGUCGGACUUUUUCCUGCUCGGUGGCAACAGUCUGCUGCUGGGCCGGCUGGUCCACCUGAUCCGCAAAGACACGGGCAUCUCGCUCGAGGUCUCGACGCUCUUCAACAACUCGACCAUCGCCGGCAUCGCCAGCCUGAUUGAGGACGAGGCCGGUGCCGACGAUGACGACGAGGACGACGAACUGUUCGACGGCUACGACGACAAGGGCGGCUCUGGCCCCGGCUACGGCGCCCACCGCUACGACGAGGACGACGAGCCGGCCUACCAGAGCCACGGCUACAAGCCGCGCAGCCAGACGCACCCUUGGGUCAUGCUGAUCCAGCUGGUCCCGUUCCUCUUCUUCUACCCGCUCAAGGCGGCCUGGACGUGGACCGUCAUCCUUCACGGUCUUGCCUUCUCCGCCUUCUACAUCCGCGACGUCUUCUGGGAGCGGGUGGGCGCGCUGCUCGCCUCGAUCGCCGUCGCCCGCUUCACCAGCCGGAUUAUCUGCCCCGUCACCGCCAUCGCCUUCAAGUGGAUCGUCAUCGGAAGGUACCGCCCGGGCAAGUACCCCAUGUGGUGCAACUACCACCUGCGGUGGUGGAUCGUCAACCAGUCUCUCAAGACGGCCGGCAAGGGCCUGUUCGCGCUGACUCCCGGCCUGCAGAAGAUGUACUUCCGCCUGCUGGGCAUGUCGAUCGGUUCCGACGUCAUGAUUGACCAGCACGCCAAGAUCGCAGAGUACGACCUCAUCACGAUCCACGACGGGGCGCGGAUCGACAAGUGCCUGCUGCGCGGCUUCUGCGUCGAGCGCGACGGCUACUUCCGCCUCGAGCCCAUCAUCGUCGGCCGCGACUGUGUCGUCAACACCUUUACCCAGAUCUCGCCCGGCGCCCGCCUGGCCGACGGCACCGUCUGGGGACCGCAGUCGUCGUCGCACGAGGAGCCUUCGUCGGACGCCUACGCCGCCUUCAACCGCACCACGGUGCCGCAGCCUCACUGGGCGCUCAUCUUCUUCUUCGGCUACCCGCUCGUCUUCGUCGUCAAGUUCAUCUGCUACGUCCCGUGGUUCGCGUCGCUCUUCAUGCUCCUCUCGCAGCCGUUCGAGUUCAACCACCACGACAGCGUCAAGGGCGUCAUCGCGUGGUUCGCAUUCCCCAAGCGUGUCGGCUGGCACUACGUGGCGCGCAUCGUAAGGAACGGCAUGCCGCCGCUCAUCAACCUCGUGCUCGGCAUCGUCAUCAAGCGAGCCUUCGGCCUCAACCGCGAAGGGUCGAUGCGUAACGCCACCCAGUUCGCCCUUUUCCGCCGAUGGAUCAACCAGCAGCUGCUGUCGCAGCCGCAGAUCCGCCGCGCGCUGGCCAUCCUCGGCACCCACUACGAGAUGACGUCGGUCAUCUACCGUGCGAUGGGCGCCCGCGUCGGCAAGCGUGUCUACUGGCCUGGCUCGGGCAUCUAUUGCCCUGACCCGGAGCUGCUCGAGAUCGGCGACGACGUCGUGUUCGGAUCGCGUUCCGAAGUCUUCACCUCGGACAGCAUCGGCUGGGCUCGCGUCCGCGUCGGCCGAGGCGCCAUGAUUGCCGAUCGCGUUGUCCUUCUUCCCGGAACCACUGUCGGCAAGCAGUGCGUCAUGGGCUCCGGCGCUCUCGCGCGCAGGAACGGGCACUACGAGGAGGGCUCGGUCUGGAUGGGCUCCAAGAACGGCGAGGCGGUCAGCUUCGGCAAGGCCAACAAGGAGACCAAGGAGGGCGCCACCGUCGGGGGCGACGACGAGACCAUCACUCCCUUUGGACGCGCCUUCUACAAGCGCCAGGCCAACUUCUUCGUCUUCCCGUACCUGAUGCUCGUCGUCAUCAACGUGGCCAUGACCAUCUUCUCGUCCGGCUACUGGGCCACGGCAGCCGUCGGCACCGUGCUGCUGCUCAACUUCCUCCGCACCCAGUUCGAGUACAGCAAGGCCGGCCUCAUCGUCUUCGACGACCACUGGUACCGCCCCGGCCUCAUCUACGCCUUCAUCGCCAUCGCCUUCAUCGUGCUCCUCUUCCUUCAGGCGAUCCUCGCCUUCGCCUGGGUUAUCGGCACCAAGUGGGCCGUCAUCGGUCGCCGUCGCGAAGGCCGGUACGACUGGGACUCGAGCAGCUACUGUCAGCGCUGGCAGCUGCAUCUCAGCCUGCAGAAGCUUCUCGGCAAGGGUUUCGGCGGCCACAUCCUCGGCAACCUGUCUUCGAGCGUCUACGUCGUCUGGUACCUCCGGCUGCUCGGUGCCCACAUCGGCAAGAACUGCGCCAUCUGGGCGGGUGGCAAGCCGUCGCUGCAGCUGACGGAGCCGGAGCUCGUCUAUAUGGGCGACAAUGUGUCGAUCGACGACUGCUCGGUCGUCGCGCACAUCAACUCGAGGGGCAGGUUCAGCCUCAACAAGCUGCGGAUCGGCGAUGGCUGCGCGAUGCGGACCGGAAGUCGACUGCUUUCGGGAGCCAACAUGGAGCCCCGCUCGAUGCUGCUCGAGCACACGCUGGUGGCCUCUGGAGAGAUUGCCGAGGCCGGCCAGGUCUACGCGGGAUGGCCCGCCCGCCAGGUGCGCCUACGCAGGCCGCAGCGGGCGCCCGGCGGCGAGGCGUCGGCGGGGAGCAGCACAAGCAACCUCGACAAGCAGGCGCCGCCGCCUGGCUACUUUGGCGGCAAGUAG